ACUCCUGUCAGUUGUCAGUUACAGUGAUUAAUAUUCAAUGACCAGCAUGUGAGUUGGUCAGUCUGUAAUUAGGUUCUAUUGAUACUGACCAGUCUUAAUGAGAUUUCCACCAGUGGGGCAAUUCUUUUUCAUUUCAAUUUGAUAAGAGACUGCAGGUGCUUGCUUUGAAGAAAUUAUGUAAUUUGAUUCAGAUACUUAUAAAGAGGAAAGGUUAAAAGACUUGAAAGAGAACCAGCCAUUAUAAUCAAUCAUGAGUACUUAUCAGAUUAAUCAGAAUGAGGGGUCGAACAGAAAUAUCUCGGGAGGGAAUAACUACAUGGACCUAUCGGACAUGCCGCUGGACAAAAACCAACAGACCAUGAUGUGGCAACAGAACCAAUACAUGGAUUCUGGUAUCCAGUCAGGAGCCACAACCAAUGCUCCUUCCAUCAGCAGCAAAGGAAAUCACCAUGAACCUGAGGAUAUGAACGAAUCAGGGGGAGAUAACAUGGACACAACCAGGAUGAUGUUAGACUGGGCCGAACAAAAUUACAGCAAUCCACAAUACACCCAGGAUCAAGUUGAUGAAGUUAACCAACAGUUAAACCAGACACGUUCACAGCGUGUGAGAGCAGCCAUGUUCCCAGAAACCAUGGAGGAAGGCAUGGCCAUACCAUCAACACAAAUGCACCCUGAUCAACCAACAGCAGUGCAGAGAUUGGCUGAGCCAUCUCAAAUGCUGAAACAUGCCGUUGUCAACCUUAUAAACUAUCAGGAUGAUGCUGAUUUAGCUACCAGAGCUAUUCCUGAACUGACCAAGCUUCUUAAUGAUGAAGAUCAAGUGGUGGUCAGUCAGGCUGCCAUGAUGGUCCACCAAUUGUCCAAGAAAGAGGCCAGUCGUCAUGCCAUCAUGAACUCCCCACAGAUGGUUGCAGCGUUAGUACGAGCCAUGAACAAUACCAAUGACAUGGAAACUACACGUUGUGCUGCUGGAACAUUACAUAAUCUAUCACAUCACCGCCAGGGAUUACUCGCCAUCUUUAAAUCUGGUGGAAUACCAGCUCUAGUCAAACUUUUAAGUUCACCCAUUGAAUCAGUUUUAUUUUACGCUAUCACAACAUUGCACAAUCUCCUGUUACAUCAAGAUGGUUCCAAGAUGGCCGUCAGGCUUGCUGGGGGUCUACAGAAGAUGGUGGCAUUAUUACAGAGAAACAAUGUCAAGUUUCUUGCCAUAACAACAGAUUGUUUACAGAUUCUAGCUUAUGGAAACCAAGAAAGCAAGUUGAUAAUCCUUGCCAGUGGUGGUCCAGGAGAACUUGUUAGAAUCAUGAGAUCUUAUACCUACGAGAAACUGCUGUGGACAACGUCUCGUGUCCUCAAAGUUUUGUCUGUAUGUUCGAGUAACAAACCUGCUGUCGUAGAGGCUGGUGGUAUGCAAGCAUUAGCUAUGCAUCUAGCCCAUCAGAGUCAAAGAUUAGUACAGAAUUGUUUAUGGACAUUGAGAAAUUUGUCUGAUGCAGCCACUAAAGCAGACAACAUGGAAACCCUCCUUCAAAUGUUGGUACAGCUUCUGUCAUCUAAUGAUCUCAACAUGGUUACCUGUUCUGCUGGUAUCCUGUCUAACAUGACCUGUAACAAUCAACGUAAUAAGAUCAUUGUGUCACAGGUCGGAGGUAUCGAGGCUCUCGUCAGAACCAUUCUACAGGCUGGAGAUCGGGAAGACAUCACUGAACCAGCUGUGUGUGCAUUGCGUCAUUUAACAAGUCGUCAUCCAGAAUCAGAGAUGGCCCAGAAUGCAGUGCGAUUACAUUAUGGACUUCCUGUCCUUGUGAAACUGUUACAUCCACCAAGCAGAUGGCCAUUGAUCAAGGCUGUAGUUGGUCUGAUCAGAAAUCUGGCUCUGUGCCCAGCUAAUCAUGCUCCACUGAGAGAACAUGGUGCCCUGCCAAGAAUUGUCCACCUUUUGUUGAGAGCCCACCAAGACACACAAAGGAGAGCAUCAAUUUCGUCCAAUGGUCAGGGAUCAGGCUAUGUUGAUGGUGUCCGUAUGGAGGACAUUGUAGAAGGUACAGUAGGAGCUCUCCACAUACUGGCCAGAGAAGGACAUAACAGAGCGGUCAUCAGAGGCUUGUCAUGUAUACCACUCUUUGUACAGCUGUUGUAUUCACCUAUUGAGAACAUACAGAGAGUAGCAGCUGGAGUUCUGUGUGAACUGGCAGCAGACAAGGAGGGUGCUGAGCUCAUUGAACAAGAGGGCGCCACUGCUCCUCUUACAGAACUAUUACACUCCAGAAAUGAAGGAGUUGCCACAUAUGCAGCAGCUGUUUUGUUCAGAAUGUCUGAAGAUAAACCACAGGAUUACAAGAAACGUCUGUCUGUAGAACUGACUAGUUCCCUGUUCAGAGGAGACCAGAACAUGCCAUGGUCUGAGCCCCCAGGAUUUGAUGAUGUGGCCGGAGGUUUCGGACAGGAUGAGUCUUACAGGGAUCAGAUGUAUCAACCACCACAACACCACGGUAGUCAAGGCAGCAUGCAUAGUGGAGGGGACAUGAGAGGAGGUUAUGAUCCUCAACUCCCAAUUGAUUCCAUGCAAGGCCUAGACAUUGGAAGUCAGCAUGGCAGCAACUACGGUCCAUUGGACAACAUCCCAGACUUGGGCCCACAGUCUCAUCAUUCUGGACCAGAUUUAAACUUUGAGAACAUAGAAUCAACACUCCCCCCUCAACAUGACGGAAGCCAUUCUUGGUAUGAUACAGAUCUGUAGACGGAACAAAUUGUUUUUAA